GGCGGCGGGCGGGCUGGGGGCGAGCGGCAGCCUCGCCCCGCCGGGGGCCCGGCGGGCACCGACACUGCGCCGGCCGGGGGAUGAAGAUGAGACGCCAUAAACUCUUUCUGACUCUCUGCAUGGCUGGUCUCUGCCUCAUCUCCUUCUUGCACUUCCUCAAGGCCCUUUCCUAUGUCACCUUCCCCAGGGAGCUGGCUUCGCUUAGUCCCAACCUCGUCUCCAGCUUCUUCUGGAACAAUGCCCCCGUCACGCCUCAGGUCAGCCCUGAGCCAGGGGGUGCGGAGUUCCUCCGCACACCCCUGUACUCCCACUCCCCCUUGCUCCAGCCCCUGUCUCCCAGCAGAGCCAGCGAAGAGCUGCACAAGGUUGAGUUCGUGCUGCCAGAAGACUCAACAGAAUACUUUGUCCGUACCAAAGCCGGUGGCAUUUGCUUUAAACCAGGCACCAAGGUGUUGGAGAAGCCACCCGUGGGAGGUCGGCAGGAGGAGCGAGCGGAUGGUGCAGCCUCGGGGCGGCCAGCUCGGAAGCCGCUGAGCGCCAGCGGAACCAAGCGGCGCAAGUGGGUGGAAUGCGUGUGUCUGCCGGGCUGGCACGGCCCCAGCUGUGGGGUCCCCACCGUGGUCCAGUACUCCAACCUGCCCACCAAGGACCGCCUCGUGCCGCGGGAGAUCCCCCGGCGGGUGAUCAAUGCCAUCAACGUCAACCACGAGUUUGACCUGCUGGAUGUCCGCUUCCAUGAGCUGGGAGACGUGGUGGAUGCUUUUGUGGUGUGCGAGUCCAACUUCACAGCCUAUGGAGAGCCGCGGCCACUCAAGUUCCGCGAGAUGCUCCUCAACGGCUCCUUUGACUACAUCCGCCACAAGGUGCUCUACGUUUUCCUGGACCACUUCCCCCCUGGUGGCCGCCAGGAUGGCUGGAUUGCUGACGAUUACCUGCGUACCUUCCUCACCCGGGAUGGCAUCUCUCGCCUCCGCAACCUGCGCCCGGACGACGUCUUCAUCAUUGAUGAUGCUGAUGAGAUCCCGGCCCGUGAUGGCGUGCUUUUCCUCAAGCUCUACGACGGCUGGACAGAGCCCUUCGCCUUUCACAUGCGUAAGUCGCUCUAUGGCUUCUUCUGGAAGCAACCGGGCACCUUGGAGGUGGUCUCAGGCUGCACCAUGGGGAUGCUCCAGGCUGUCUAUGCUACUGACGGGAUACGUUUGCGACGCCGUGAGUACUACACCAUGCCUGGGUUUCGGCAGUAUGAGAACAGCACAGGACACAUCCUGGUGCAGUGGUCAUUGGGCAGCCCACUCCACUUCGCUGGCUGGCACUGCUCCUGGUGUUUCACCCCAGAGGGGAUCUACUUCAAACUGGUGUCAGCCCAGAAUGGGGACUUUCCCCGCUGGGGUGACUACGAGGAUAAACGAGACCUCAAUUAUAUCCGGGAGCUGAUCCGGACUGGGGGCUGGUUUGAUGGUACUAUGCAGGAGUAUCCCCCUGCUGACCCCAAGGAGCAGAUGUAUGCUCCCAAGUACCUGCUCAAGAACUACCAGCGGUUCCGCUACUUGUUGGAGAACCCCUACCGAAAGGCGGAGGGUGCUGGGUGAGGCCACCGAGGCUCAGGCUCGGGUGGGAAAUCAGAACUUCACAACAAAGGGAAAGAGUCGGGUGUUUUCAUCUGUUCCUUUUCUUCUUUUGUUUCCUUUGUUUAUGGGCAGGGUGUGCUGUUUUUCUGGGGCCUCUGCCCUCCCUCACUUCCUGUUCUUCUUCCCUUCAUCCCAGGGUGAUGCCUGGGAACCCAAAUUCCUCAGUCACAUGAAGGGAGGCAUGGACAGGAGGAAGAGAGAUGUUGAGGACCCACUCUGUAGUAGCAUAAAGACUUCAUGGCAUCUUCUGAGCCUCUCCUGCUGGCUGGAGAGAAUCUCUGCAGCCAGCUGGCAGAUUUUCCUCCGGGGGAGGCUGAGAGGGUCCCAUGGGGAGAGAGGGCAGCUGUUCCCAUCCACCCUCAUCCUUUGUGGAUUGGAGCAAGCAUAGAUGCAAGCCUGGGCUAUUCAGUGAGCAUGUGAGUCAGCAGGCACAAACUCUUGUGAGUGGUUGUGUGUGCAGAUGUGUGUCACUGGCAUUUUUUGGAUGAGUGAAUGUGCAAAAGCAUCUCAGUAUGCUUUUUUUUUUUUUUUUUAAAUACUGUAUAUUCAAAGGGUAUUUUGGGGAAGGGAAAUCCUUUGCUUCCAAGGUGUCCUUCUAAAUAUGCAGCCCCUUGCACAGGCUUAAUGUGUUCUGUCCUGGGCUGGAUCUUGCCCCAGUACCCUACCAAUCCUGGAGCAGAUAGGAAGCAGAGGAGAAAGCUGGGUUUAAGGGUUUUUUUCUGCUGAUUUUUCCUCCUGCUCCCACAACACUGCAUGGACUUGUCCUACAGAAGCCAAAGCAUAUUCCCUGCAGUACAUGCUUCUGUUGGGGCUGGGAUAAGCUGCAGGGGACUCAGUCAGAUGGUGGGAGUGUAUGUUUGCAAGUGCAUGGUUGCCUGUGUGCAUGAGUGCUCACAUGCAUGGGUUUGGUGUGCACUUGGGUGUUUAUUACCAGUAUUGAGGGGGGGAGGAGGACAUAGUGUGGCUUGGCUGUGUGUGCUUGCAGAAAAUGGUGGGAUCCAGAAGCUCUAAUCUCAGUGUUGGCAUGGAUGACUUCUUGGGCAAUUCAUAGGAGAGGACCAGGGAUAGCAUCGGCUGUGCAUAGCAGUGCUACGCUUGCAGGACUGUUGCAAGCCUCUCUGGCUGCCUCUAGAGCCCUGCAGGCUGUGCCUGUAGCAGGGCUGCUGCUUACAUGUGCUGGGUACUCCUUCUUACCAUGGGGUAAAUAAAAGGGAGAAGAGGAAGGGCAAAAUUUUGAUUGUUGUGGGCAAACAAAGCCUGUCAAUGCACAGAAUCCAUCUAUCUGACCUUAGGGUGUGAGGGGCUCUCAUGAAGAAACAAGCCAUGGGCAGAUUCUUCCUGGGGCCAAGAGACUGUUUGGGGACCACAGUACAAUCCACAGUGUGUGCAGCCUACAUCUGCAGCCUGGGCCAUGCAGAUAAGACCAUGGAGAGGAGAAGGGAUUUAGGAGUCUGCUAGCUUCAGCUGGUUGGGAUGGUGUCUGCUCAGGCACGGGCAGUGAGGAUCUGGCCUGCUGUUGUAUUGGAUUGUUCAGCUCACUGAGGAGGCAGAUUGUUGUCUCCACUCUUACCACCACCCUUCCUUAGCAGAUGGCUUGACAGGGUGCCCAGAGCCUGGGUCGUAGUGGGCAGAGGGUGAAAAUCAUAAUGAACUUGCUCUCUUAGCCUUGCAGUGGAAAGACUGACUCAUGUUCCAAGCAGGAAUCAUGGAGGAGGAUAAAGAGGAAGGCAUUGGCACAAAGAAGUGUGGCCCUUCUGGCCAGCUGUUCUAAAGCAGGAGGGCUUUCAUUGCCCUUAACUCCAUCAGGGUUCCAUGGUCCUGUGUUGCCCAGCACGUGCCACCCUUGUGCUUAAUUCCUACCUAUGCCUCUCUCUUCUCUAGAGAGGGGACUAGGAAGGAAAAAAAAAAAAGAGAAAAUUGUCAACAAAAAUAACUUGCUUGCCUAAUAAGGCAGAGACUGCCUUAGCAGUUCACCUUAGCUGCUUCCACAUGUUGUGUGCCAUAAUGCCUACUCAGAAAAACUGAAGGGAACCUCUUAUAUGUUAUUAUUUUUGUUUCUUUAGCAUCACCAUUCUCAGUUCUGUUAUGUCUUCCCCACAAUUAGAGAAGCCCCUUUGGGAACUGGGUGGACAGACAAACUUUGCUAGGCAGAAUGCUCUUCCCCCAAAGGGAAGUUGUGGCUUUUUUAAGUCCAGACUUAUUGAUGUAGCAGAAGGAACUCCUGUCACAGUCAUGGGCUUCUCAGUCAUGGGCUGAGCUACUGUGUGGAGGUCUUAGGUGUGGAGAGAUGAUAGAGAAACAGGGUCCCAGCUGAGAAAGGAGGAGCCUGUAUUGAGCAAGAUGAAAGCUGUAGUACUGAGGAUGCAGCACGGGGAGAAGAUGCUUUCCCCAGGGACAGCUGGAGGAAAGCAGGUGUGUUAGCUUGUGCAAUUCAGCAGCAGCACAGCAUGGGAGGAAGAAGCCAUUUCCCAUUUUUACUCUGAGGAAGGAGCCUAAGGUCUGCUCUUGGACCUUUGGGCUUUGCUUUGUCUCAGUGAUGAUAACACAAGGUCAGUGCCAGGCUUUGCUGGAGGCAGAGGAGAAAGACAAGCCAGUCUUUUGCUUUGGCAGCACCAGAGCCCCAGUUCAGCAGGAGCUGAAGUUCGUGUGUGCUCGGGUUGCAUCUCCUUAUCUCCCACAGUGGGAGCAGCCUUUCCUCUGAUAUCAGCCCUUCCCAUGCAUGGCCAUCCUUGGGGAUUUUUAGUGCACAGCAGUCACGUUUUCAGUGUUGAGGUGUGGCCCUUGUCUCUUGGGAGUUUGACAGACCCACAGCUGCAGUAUCUGCUUCUCCCAUUCCUGAACUACAACCUGUUGCCUUCUCUCCUCCAUUAUUUGCUCCACCAUUCUCCUCUUCUUCCUCUGAUUUGUCUCUCCCUUCUGCUCCCUUGGGCUGGAGAAGAAGGUGUUGCUGGAAAAGGAAUGCUGGGGCUCUUCUGCAGAACUCCUGCCCUGCCUGCCUCCUGGACUUACUCACUUCCUUAUUCUUAAGAAAUUAAAUUGAAACCAGACUUCAGUUGUACUGGGAGGAAGGGGCUUUACAGAUGAAAUGCAUUCUUUAUUGUUUCUCUUUCUCAAGAAUUGUUUAAGCGUUUUUUUGAUUUAAGGCCAAACCAGUCAAUGUUUGUCUAAUUUGUCUGGCUACCCCUGUGUUUAUUAUCCUUAGGGAGCUAGAGUGCUUGUCAUUAAAAAUCUUCCUUCUUGUCCCUGGAGGGAACAGACACUACUAAGCUGGCUUUCACACAGUGAUUUUCCAAGGUGGUGGCUUACCCUCUGCUCAGCCUUGCCUGUGCUGCCUGCUGGGACCUCUGCAGCCAGCUGCAGGUGGGACAGCCACCCCUCCAGGCAGCUGCCACAAGAGGGAAGUCAAAAGUAUGUGUGUGUGUGAGGUGGUGAGAGAGGCAAAGCAGGAGGCAGGUUUGUGUCAGAUCCUUGUUUCCCAGUGCUGGACUCUGAGGUGAGCACUGAGGCUCCUUCAUCUUACCUGAACCAGGUUCUGAGAUUUGAGAAGGGAAAGAACCUUGUCCUGGCACUGAGCUGGAACUGGGAUCAGACUAUCAGAGCCUGAUGUCUGUGGGUUGUUGCAGCCCAUGGGGGCAGUGGGCAGUGGGCAGUGAAUCCUGCUGUCUCCCUUGGACCAAACUGUCCAGUGGACAGAGGGAAUACAUCACCAGCCUUUUCCUGCAGCCCUCCUCAGCCUUGUGCUUUUUCAUUCCCAAAACCUUUUUUACCUUCAAAUUGUUGAAAAGUGGGGCCAGGAAAUAGGUAACGACAGUCUUGCACACACCCAAGCCUUGCACUUAUUUCUGUCUGUGCUUCCCACCUAGAAAGAGAUUGUGUGCCUAUGCAUGGCUUUGGACUGGAGAAUGCCUCUUCCUCUUUUGCCCCAAGUGAAAGGAAGGACAUGGGCUUUGGUGCACCUGCAGCAGGUGAGCUUGCUAAAGCAGAGGGAAUAGGACAAGUUAGAAGUAUUUACCCAUCGGGGGCUAAUGCCACAGCCAAGUGACAGAAAAGACACGGUGACUUUGUGCCUGUGGUUGGUAUGGACGGUGACAUGCUCAAGCCCACUCUUGCUGUUGCUUUCUCUGUUCCCUGUGUCCUGCUGAGGUGUUGUGGUUGUGCUGCCCAGGCCAACCUACUCUGUGUCUCUGUGACAGGUGAACAAGGAAACAGAGUUGGCAUGGAGGGAGAGUGUCAGAGCAGAAUGGGUGCUCAUUCCCCUCUGGCUGCCUUGCUGUUUCCUUGUGGGAUGGUGUCUCUUCCCCUCCUCAGUAUCCCUGGGGCUGUGUCCCAGUGUCCCAGCUCCUGCCGGCAAUCUCUGUGGCUGCUAUGCCUCUGCACUGUGAAGACGUGUGUCCAGGGUCACUCCUGGUUCCAUUAGUGAACACUGGUGGUGAAGAGGGAAGGGACGGCUCGUCCUGGCUUCACUGACCUCUAACCUUGGUGAGAAAGGAGGGAAGCGAGUGGGAGAAUGGCUCCUGUAUCCCUCCAUCAUUGUGUUCUCCCUACCCUCCCUAAUCCCCUCCUUUCUGAUUUCUGAGACAUUGGACAAACUCACUCCUGUUAUGGAAAGGGAAGGGGAGCUGGAGGGUAAAGGAGUGGCAGGAGGGGCUCAGAUCCAGCACUGAGAAAGAACUGUUUCUAAUGCAAUACACGGACAUUUUAAAGCUUUGGGCACUACAGGUAAUGGAUUAAGAAGGGAUCUGAAAUACUCUUAAGAUUCAAACGACUGUUUUUUCCUGCCUGUGCGGGUGAUGACGCAGUAUCAUCCUGGAGGUGGUCCAGCAGCACUUCUGAGCCUGGGGUCCACCUGGACCUACUGGUAGUGUUGCUCCUGGAGGGGCUCCAGGACACCCUGAUUUGGAAAAAGAAUGCGUGGACUUGCCAAAAACUAAAAAGGAGAGAAAAAAAUAAGAGCAUCUGCAAAGCUCCUUUCAACUCUGUAAUUUAUAAACAGCAAGUAAUAAUGAACUUUUUGUAAGGAUAAAUCAAAUGUACAUUCUGAAAUCAUUUUCUCUGUAAAUGGUUGGAUUUCAUUUCACCCUUAAAGGGAUGCUUAAAAGGAGGAGAUAAUAAUAAAAAAUUAAAAAAAUUUACAAAGUAUGAAAGGAAACCAA